CUGAGGCGUCUCUUCUGCGCCUGCGCACUAAGGUCUCCAUGUUGGUUAGUAAAUAAAGGAUCGUGCUGCAGCGUUUAUGGCUGGCUUUGUCUUUUAGCUAAUAUUUUAGCUUUUGUAAAAGAAACUCUGGGUUAUAGGGGGUUUGUAAGCGAUGGGGAAACGGUAUUAUUGUGAUUACUGUGACCGUAGCUUUCAGGAUACACUGCACAACAGGAAGAAACACCUAAACGGAGUUCAGCACCAAAGAGCUAAGAAAGCCUGGCUGGAUAACUUCAGAGAUACUGCUGCAAUUCUACAAGAUGAGAGAGCAAAGCCACCAUGCAGGAAGUUUCUGCAGACAGGCGCAUGUGUGUUUGGCCAUAACUGCCUGUAUUCACAUUUGUCUGAAAUGGACAUAAAGGCUUUGGAACAACAGAUUGAAGAGGAAAAAUGGCAGAAGAUGAUGCCCGGUGAUAAACACUCUGAACCUUCAGUGGAGGAGUGGCUUUCCAGAAGAGAAAAGAAAAAGGCUGCCAUGACAUCAGGAAGUGUUUUAAAAAUGGAGGAGGAAGAAGCAGCUGAGAAUAGUGAUGUGCCAUUAUUUUUGCGAUCCAUCCCUGAUCUGCCACCAUCACUUCUUCCUCCACACCCUGGAGGAUGGAGAGCGAGCGUCCACAGUGACUGGGGUUGAAAUUGAAUUUGCACAGAUUCUAUAAAUGUUUGUAUAGAUUUUUUUCUUUCUUUUUGUUUCCCCUAUUUCAGAGUCUUUUUAGAUUGUACUUGGAAUGUUACCUUAAAAUGUAAUGAUGGCUGGAACCAGAUUUAAAAAAAAAGAAAAUUAAAAAAGCAAGAGGCAAAAAAGCUGGAGAGUGUUAUUUGCAGAUGUGGGUAGUAACAUUUACUUAACUAGAUUUAGAGCCUUUAAACAAGUUUAUGGUAACUGAAUUGUUCAAUGUCAGUCUAUUGUUUCAUUUGAUUAAUUCAUUUUGACUAGUUCUUUCUUUAAUGUAUAAAAAAAAUUGUAGGAGGCAAUAUUUAACCAUGGUAAAAUAGUUAUUACAGUGUGAGGCAUACAGAUAUUUUAAAUAAAGAAAAGCCACUUUUCAGCUGAACCAUGGCCAGUGUAUUGUUAGGAACUUUAAUUCUAUAAAUAUGUUUAUAUAGAUGUUUAGGGAUGUUAGUUGUAGGUUCAGUUUAGUAUUGUACAGGCCGUUUAUGUAGAAGUGUGUUCAUUGUAUCACUGUAAUUGUCAGUGAUUUACAGUAUCUACCGGUUAUGUUUGUUUUAUUAAUUUAUUUAAUAAUUAAAAGCAGACCAUGAACAUCACCAGUUUAAUUCAGCUGCUCACAUGAUACAUUUACAUGUAACAUCAGCACAUUUCAGCACAUCAUUAUUUCUCAGGAUACUGUUGCUAUAUUGAUGCAGUUCACAUACAUGAGAUGUACAUGGUGUUACAACACAGUAAUACUAUAUUACAUGUAGUAAAAUGAACUAGCUUCGGUGAACAGUAUGGGGCUACAGAACAUACCACGCCAUUCGUGCCAUGUAGCAUGGAUGCUAUAAAAUUGUUGAAGUGAAAUUUUGAAGAUAUAUUACAUUUACAACAAUCUGUCAAAAAUAUUGGUUUACAGUUUAAACAAAACAAAGUUGCCAUUAUUUUUUUUUUUAAAUAUAUUAUUCCCUAGAGAGGCAUCCAAAAACCCUGCCCCACCCUGAGAAGUGAAAAAAUAAGCAUGUCUAAAUAAUAUUGCUCAUAUUGAUGAGUAAAUAAAACUCUAUUAAAAUACUACGGUUAUAGCUGAACUUUGGGAAUUGAACUCGUAUGAUAU